CCAGUCAUAGUAUGACGUGAUAAUGCAUUAAUACGUAAUCACAAUGACGACUUUUUUUCUUUCAAAAGACGUGGACAAUGGUUGAACAUUAGCUUUUUUUUACCUUCACAUGUCGUCUGAUAUCGACAGGCAAACUUUUUCAAGGGAACGAUAAAUUGAAAUUUCGGACUUCGCACAAAUAGAAGUUGCCAUGGAUAUGCGCAAAGUCCGUGUCUUCCCGGAGGACAAAUCAUUGGCAUUCCAAAGCCCCGCGAACAAUGAAGUUGAGUCUCCCCCACUCCUGGAGAGGUGCCGACGCUCAACCAUCCGUAGAGAGACACAACACUCAAUCACCAGCACUUACAAACCGCCACCACCAUGGCAGGUCAAAAUCAUCAUUUUCAUCAUUGCAAUCGUCGCCUUUCUAGUAACAGCUGUUCUCCCAGCCCCAUCAUGGUUUGUUAUAAAGGACGGAAACUGCACAGCACGUGCUACCCUGUGGUCUAUACAAAUCAGCGGAGUUUUGUGCAGCAGGGAAAUAAGAAAUUUGUCGUUUACUGAUUACAUCUGGAUCUCCCGAAUCCUCAUCUCAGUGGUCGCGAUACAAACUGUGAUCACAUCCCUGGCUAUGUACUGGUACGGAGUACGCAUGCAUAACAUCUCCAUCCUGGCGGAUGCCAACGACUCCGUCUCCUGCGCAGCACUGUAUCUGCUGGGCUCACUGGUUGAACUCACUGCCUCGGAGGGUCAAAACUUCAGCCUUGUCACCGACACCUCGGUCUACGGAAUCACCUUCCAUGUGUUUGUUGUAACCACCGGAGUAGCUGUCUUUGCUGCCGUGCUCUUUUCCUUUUCAAUGGACUGGGACGACUUUUAUGAAAAUGCCUACGACUGAAAAAUUACUUCUUUCUUUCCUUUUUUCUUUCUUUCUUGUUAGCUUUUUGUAAUCUUUUUGUUGCAAAUCAAUUUUGUUUUGCUAUACGUUUAAUGAAUUUAUAUAAUAUCUUGUAAAAUGUUAGUUUUAGUGUAAUGUAUUUUAACAAAUGAAACAAAACAAACACUUAAAACAAUCAAAAAUCCCGCAAGAAACGAGAGCCAACCAUUCGUUUCUCUGAUCUAGAUAUAGGGAUAUCGAGCGGUGGGGCUGGUUGCACAACAUAUUUAUAAAACUUAAAACUGUUCUAAAGAAAGAUUCUUAGAAACUUUUUUUUUUUUUUUACCAAAAUUGAUUCUAUGUCACAGAGAUGCGUUGCACAAGAGCAUUCAAAAAACUGUACUGACGGGAAAGUCUGGAAUAAACCUUUUUAUUCAUUUUCUUGAAACAAGUUUAGUUUUAAAACGUUCUAAAAUUGUUUUGUUCACUGAAGCUUCAUAAAAUUGAUUAUCUCAACAUAGUUAAGGCCUAAACUUUGUCAAAGUUUGAAUGCUGUUGUGUAGCUGGCCCCUGAACUUUUUAAGCUUUGUUUGUGUGUGUUCGAGAGAGAGAGGAGAGAGGAGAGAGAGCAUGAAAUCAGAAAAAUAAUACAACUGAUUGAUUAAUUAAUUAGCUAUGGGAGAAAAGAAUAGGACAAACGUAAACAGCGAGCGACACGAGGAGGAUUGAAAGAAAUAAUUAAAAUAAACAGAACAAGAAUCGUUGUCUCUUCAUAUCUGUAUUUCUAAAACUAUUGUUACCUUUAGAAAUAUCAAUUCGUUUAUGGGUGUUUUUGAAUAAUCAAUACAUCAUCAUCAUCAUCAUCAAUCAUCAUCAUCAUCAUCAUUCUUCUUCGUCUUCUUCGCUUCUCUGGUUGUUUCAUUCUGUUAAAGAAUACUUUUCAUCUAGUUAGCACUAUAGUUGCUCCAAUGGUUCUUUUCUGUGAGCAUAUCCGUGAGUUAGAGAAGCUGUAUGAGUAUAGAUUUUUGUAAUGGCCUUACCUGAUCCGCCACAGGCUCGGUAGCAAGAGAUCGAACUCACCGUACGAAACCGAAGAUCACUGCCGCCCAUUAUAAUUGAUUUGAGAGCUUUGAUGGCGGCAGCUAGAUGAAAUAAUUUAAAACGUUCAGCUAAAAUGCCCAUUGUAAGAUUUGUAGUUGGAUUGUUAAACGCCAUUUUAACUGGUCUCAUUGUCGAGUACUUGAAAUUGUAGCAAAGUCAAAACAAAAAGAAAUUAGUUCGCACUUCGUUACAGUAAAAAAAAAAACAAAAUAAAACUGACUGUAUGUGUGCAGCCUUAACAAAACACACAUAUAUUUGGCGUAUUAUAUAACUGCUUGGCGUUAACCAUCCUGCUAUGGUUUAGCGACACGUCAUGCAACAGGCCCAUAGACGAGCCUUACUGAAGCUGUAGGAGACAGUUGACUCUUGGACUCAGUGUGCCGGCGAGAUACAACUCUGCAGACGUGAAGGACAACAGCGACAGCAGCAACGGCAGAGGCGGGCGGAGAAGAUUUAUUAUUGACGAUCAUGCUCGUGGCGCGCCGUGGUGGUGAAGAAAGUCUUACUAUCCCAAUGAUCAAAAUUCUACUGCCACUUCUUUUGCACCAAAGUAUGGCUUCUGGCGUCGGUCUUCUAAGCCACAAAUUCGUCAGAUGCCAAGAAAUUAGCUUUGAAACCGUGCUGACGACUGCUGUCGGAGUCUCUACCGUGCAAUGUGGCGUGUUGUGUGCGCAAAAUGACCUUUGUACAGGAGUCAGCGUUUGUCCUCAAACCGACUCUUCGAAACAAGCUGUUUGCGGUCUCCUUGGCAACAACAUUUUCGGGUCCACGAACGGUUCGUCAAAUACAAGUUUCCCCAACUGCGUUGUGAUGAA